AUGGUUUCCCGGGACGGAACAACGAAAUCAUCAUUCUCGAACACCAAAACAAACUACUCUUUUACCAACGAAAAGAAACGCGAAAGAGGAGGAGGAAAGAAGAAAACGCUGACGACGAUUGUUUCAGCAGCACAAGCAGCCAAGAGUAACGACCCCGUCGACAACGACGAUAACGAUGAGUUGUUAAAAACGCCGACGAAGAAGAAGAAGACAAAUAAAACAACGAACAACGUGAAACACGAACGAGCGCCGCCGAAGAACUGGGAAGAGUGUUUAGCGAAGAUCAAACAGAUGAGAAAGAACGGACCGUUAGCGCCGGUGGAUACCAUGGGAUGCGAGAAAAUCGCCGAGACGAGCGACGAAAAACAGAAGCGAUACCGGACGUUGAUCUCCGCCAUGCUCUCGUCGCAAACGAAAGACCAAAUCAAUCACGCGACGAUGAAUAAGCUCAUCGCGUUGAAUAAAGACACCGCGGAAGGGAUAUUGAACACGACGGAAGACGAUUUAGACGAAAUCAUCCACCAAGUCGGGUUUCACAGGAACAAAGCGAAAUAUUUACGAGCGGCGGCGAAGAUAUGCGUAGAAAAAUACGGCGGAGAUAUUCCUCCGGAUUUAGAGUCCUUAGUAGAACUCCCCGGGGUUGGUCCGAAAAUGGGACACUUAAUCAUGAACGUCGGGUGGGAAAAACCGAGCGGGAUAUGUGUGGACGUGCACGUACACAGAAUUACUGAGAGAUUAGGGUGGGUUUCGGAAUCGUGCGCGGUGACCAACGCCGGUUCGCCUCGUAAAAGAACGCCCGAGGACACCAGAGUCGCUUUAGAGAACUGGUUACCCAAAGACGAGUGGGUGGAAAUCAACCCAUUACUCGUCGGAUUUGGACAGUUAUACUGCACGCCGUUGCGGCCGAAAUGUUCCGAGUGCGAUGUCGCCGAUUUGUGUCAAAACGCGUUCCGAGAUGCCGCCACGCCGACGAAGAAGAAGAAUAAUCUGAAGAGCAGCAAAAAUUAA